UGUAAAAGCAAGCAGAGUAGAAAUUGGCUACUAUUGAGUUGACUGAUGUAGUUGGCAAGGUCACUGUUUAACUUAACAUUAAAAAAAUAGUGUUUAUACAGACUUGAGCUAAUAUUGUAAUUGACAUGUAACAUUAGCUAAUGCAAUUUGGAGCGUAUACCACCCGGUUUCCAGUCAAUUGGCAAAUUUUUCAUGGAGCUGGUGUAUAGCUUUUUGGUCAUGUUGUUGUAAAUGUGAUAGGCGCACGUUUUACCAGUACAGCAUACCCUCACGAUUUAUAUUGCCUGGACCACCUAACUCCCCCCUGAUAAUAUCUUCCUUGUGGCUAUUGCCCUCUGCUGUCACUAGCAAACAAUGCAAGUUUCCCACAAUGCUGCUGCAGCAUCAGUCCGGAAGUGAGACGUAUUGACAAUAUGGCCACUGGUUUCAGAAGGGGGAAAUGUUGGAUAUAACAGUCCAGCCGGUUGCAAAUACACCCAUUUCAGUUGUUUUGAGUCGAUGCAUGUGAAUGAAGGGACUCGGGAAUCCACGGGAUGCUGUCAUUGAGCUGAGGAUACAUUCAGAGCGUGAAAAUCGUCAUGUCGUUUUUCAGGAGGAAAGCCAAAGGAAAGGAACCUGAGCGACCAGUUGAUGCUAAAGUCAAUAGAGCCCCAACGAGCCCCCAGUCCCCCUCCCUGGGCCUCCGGAACCAUCAUGCCAUCCUGGAGGCGGCGGGGCCCAGCCAUGUGGCUAUCAAUGCCAUCUCUGCCAACAUGGACUCCUUCGCCCGCGGACGCACAGCAAUCCUCAAGAAACAGCCCAUCCACAUGGAGGCUGCACACUUUGGGGAUCUGGGGCGCUCUAGUGUGAACUACCUGGCCUCUGAGACGCGUUCACGCUUGUCUAAGACGGUGGAUCAGAUUCUGAGGGACAACGUGGCCAUGCCCUACUACAUCCAGUUCCAGGAGGCCCGCGGGGCUGACCACCUGGUCUGCUUCUGGCUGGAGGCAGAGAGCUUUCGCUCCACCAGCUGGUCUCGGGUCCGGGCCCACAGCCUCAACUCAGUCAAACACAGCUCCCUGGCCGAGCCCGCCUCCCCUGACCCCUCAUCCUACUCAGACAUGGACCUACACUCCAUCCCCAGGCCUUCCUCCUCACGCCCACUUACCCCCAGCUCCCAGGACGCUAACAGUAACAGUAGUGAAGGCCCCACGGCGCAGCUCGUCCACAGGGACUCCUUCAGCUCUGUGGUGGACCAGAGGCCUGGAACUCCCAGCAGAGCAGACACCCCCACCAGACAGCCCUCCUACAGGACAGGGACGUCAUUCAAGCUGCAGUCCACCAACGCCCUCAAGGAGCUUUCAGACAAGCUCAUGAAGAGUAUAGAGAGAGAUGCAGUGAGCAUCUUCACCAAGUACAUCUCUCCAGACGCUGCUAGGCCCAUCCCCAUCACAGAGCAGCUCAGAAACGACAUAGUCGCUAAAAUCUGUGGGGAGGAUGGACUGGUGGACCCAAACUGUUUCGUCAUUGCACAGUCUGUCGUCUUCUCCAUCAUGGAACAACAGCACUUUAGUGAAUUCUUGCGCAGCCAUCAUUUCUGUAAGUACCAGAUCGAAGUGUUGACAAGUGGCUCUGUGUUCCUGGCAGACAUCUUAUUCUGUGAGUCGGCCCUCUUCUACUUCUCUGAGUACAUGGAAAAGGAGGACGCUGUGAAUGUCCUGCAGUUCUGGCUGGCAGCAGAUAACUUCCAGGACCAGCUGGCUGCUAAGCUGUGAAUGUCCUGUCAGUUCUGGCUGCACCAGUUUAAUAAUGAUCUCAUCUGUUUCCUCCCCAGGUAUUUCUCACUCCAAGCCACCAACCCGCUGGGUUUUGAUGACUCUGUGCGGAUGGAGAUAGAGUCUAAUAUCUGCCGGGAGGGAGGGCCUCUACCUGACUGCUUCACCACUCCUCUCAGACAGGCCUGGACCACCAUGGAAAAGGUCUACAUGCCAGGUUUCCUGUCGAGUAACCUUUACUACAAGUAUCUGAGUGACCUUAUCAACUCUGUCCGAGCGGAUGAGUUUGUGCUGGCUAGCGCUCCCGGUCAAGGCAUGGCCUCUGACCUUGACCGCAGCACCAACACAACUGAGGGGUCUCAAGCCCAGCAAGGUGCCAAAAAGGUGGCAGCAAUAAAAAUCUUGAAAAACUUUGACGAAGCAAUAACAGUGGACAUAGCCAGCCUGGACCCAGAGUCCCUGUACCAGCGCCCCUAUGCUGGAAGAAUGACGUUUGGGAAAGUCAACGAGCUGGGCCAGUUUAUCAGGGAAGCCGAACCAGAACCGGAUGUGAAGAAAUCCAAAGGUUCCAUGCUCUCUCUAGCCAUGAAGAAACUUGUUCAAGGCAACUCUGAUGAGGCCCAGGAGGAGAUGGCCUGGAAGAUCGCUAAAAUGAUCGUCAAUGAUGUCGUACACCAGGCGCACCACGACAGUCCUGGCGAAUCCACCAAGUUAUGAGCCUCCUGUGGAGAACCAAAGCAUUGUCACUCCCCUCGUCCCUCACCCUAUAGAGACAGACUGACAGACAGACACGUCCAGUGAUGAACUCUACACUGGAAUUACCUUAAGAUGAAACGCAUCAAUAGAGAUCAAAGAACAAAUGCAUUCCAUGAUCUCCUGCAUUAACUUGUACCGGUGUGUGUGUGUGUGUGUGUGUGAGUGAGCGUAAAAACUUGAAGUAGAUCAUCCAUCCUUCCAACUGUUUGUAACACUAUGAAGGCAUCGCUGAACAAAUUAAGAGGAAAAAUAAAAACAAAGCAGUAGCACAAAGAGCACCAGAGUACCAGACUUCCUUCCAGAACAAAUUCUCUAGGGAAGGAGAGAUGACAAGCUAUGACACAAAAUGGGGCUGAACGGGAGCUGUCAGAAGAAGCAGCACUUUAGAAAGCAUCGGCCCCGCCAUGGUUACUUCUGUUACUAUGCCAUCCAAGAGGGAGCCUGCAGGGACCUGAAGCAUCCUUCAUAAAGCGAUCACUAAGAAGAUUCGGUUGUCCACUCCUCUCUUGAUUCCUGCACAUCGUCUCUCCUUACACCACCACCACCGCUUGCCCUUAUGCCCAUUCCUUAUUUCUUGUUUUUAAUGACAUCUCUUUGAAAGGGGUCAGAAUGACACAUACAAUUUUAACAUGGAAUCCACCAGUAGGUGCUUUGUAUAGUUUUAUUUGCGGCUGAUGCAUAACUUGCUAAUAUUCCUGGGCCCUCCUGGAGUAUUGUGGCGGUGGGGUGGGUUACUAUGAUGAUAGGUUGAGUUGUCUUGCCCUCCUAGCUGUGCCCUAAUGUACUGUAGAGGGCUCGUCAGACAUGUUACGGUGAAACUGGAAUGGACCAUAUUGAUUUUGCGGUCUAGCUAACCACAUGCAUUUCUAGCUCUGGCUCCUUGUCCAUGUCAUUACAGAGCAAAGACAAAUGCAUAAAUACUCCUUGUUGUGUACUGAAGUUCUACAGUUGCAAAGAAAGAACAACUCCGUGCUACUCAAUAUAAUUUUAUACAUAUUUAGAUUUCUCUUUAACCCCAAUAUAUUCAUGUUAGUUUUUUUUAUGGUGAUUGUUGACCUUUUCUUUUUUUGUAUGUACUGUCAAAAGCAAUGUCUCAAUUACAAAUGUUCAAUUGAAAAGUCUACUCUUUGAAUAUAAUGUUAAUAUUGUUAUGAUUUGAACCUCAUUGAGAUGUGUGGAAAAGGACUCUCUUGGUACUAUGUACCACUAAUAUUGUUUUUCUGACGUAUGUGUACGUAAUCUAUAAUAUAUUUAAAUUGUGUUGGAUUUCUAAAUAUAUAUAUUAGUUUUUAUUUUUAUUUGGCAGAGUACUAGAAGGAACAGUGCUACCACUGAUGAAAAAUGACACAAUUCCUCUUUGCACAAAAUGCAAAUCUUGUUUGCCACCAAACAUAGGGAUUUAUUUGGCUCCAUUUCAGUUAUCAUUAGCUUGAUGGCUGAUCUUAGUUUGCGGCCAACAUGUUCUUAAUUGCACUUGGGUAUUUAACCUCUAGCAUUGCAAGAUAAUGAUGCAACCUGUAAUUCAGCAAAUUAGUGCUCAUCCCAGUGCAGUGUUUCAAGUGUGUGUGAUUGGCUUUUGAAUAAGUUCAUAGAGAUGCUGCAGUUUUGUGCAUCAAAAUUGUUUUAUCCCCAUUUUGUUGUACAGUAUGAAAUACUUUAUUGUAAAUAUUUUAUGGCUAUCGUACAAUAAAACUUUUCUGCCUA